UAUAAUACUGCUGCGAGCAAGAGAAACAAAAACCAAAGCUCCAAUCCCGAUAUAAUUAAUUUUAAAAAAAAUCUGAAAAACUAUCAUCCUCAUUUCUUCAACUAGGAAUCCUUUCUACUUGUUUGGAAGAGGAUUUGAUUAGUGUUACUGGAACUCGAGGGUGUAUUCUCUGCAUUAGUUUCUUUUAUCUAUGUAGAAUCUCUUUGCUCCAUUUAAGUAAAAAUGAGCUCAUCUAAGAAAGAGAUCCAAAUUAGUGACACAAAACUGAACACCCCUAGCAAGGUAGCAACUUUGAAUCCUAAUGCAGCAGAGUUCGUUCCCGUUUCUCUUAGGUCACCAUCUUCAGGAAACUCUAGCGCAGUUGAUGCAACAAGGUUUGCUAUUUCUAGAACUAUAGGAAAAUCAGUGCUUGAUCGGUCUGAGUCUUCCAUUUCAAAUAAUUCCGAUGAUGAGGCUCAUCAGUUCUGGCGUCGCCAACUUCCUGAUGACAUUACUCCAGAUUUUAAGGUUAUUAAUGAGGAUGAUUCUCGAGGAACUGGAUAUGGGAGCCUUUCUUUAGCAGGUUUAUCCUUGCAUGGUGGUAGCGAAGCAUCAAGUUUUCCUGCUUCUGUUGGUGGUGGAUAUAUAUUUGGUAAUCAAAAACUACUGCAUCAUAAUGUUGAUGGUAAUAAAAUUGCUGAAGAAUUGAGACUUCCUGAUUCAUCCUAUGGAAGGAAUCCUACUUCAGCUAGUUUUUUGCAUUUUCCAGCCAAACCUUGGGACAAGCAACUUGUUAAUAGUGAUCAGCUACUAGUCAAUGGGAGGGAAGGGCAACCAUAUAAUGGAAAUUCUAGACAUAGAUUCUCUAAUGAUUUGUUGGGUGAGCACGCAAUUAUGGAUGAUCCUGUAAUGAAUCCUGUAGAAUUUUUGGCUUCUCAAUUCCCUGAUCUUGCUGCUGAAAACCUUGCUGAAGUUUAUUUUGCCAAUGGUUGUGACUUAAAUCUGACUAUUGAAAUGCUGAAUCAACUUGAGCCUCAAGUUGAUGGUGGUUUCAACCCUAACCUGAAUUCAAAAACCUUGUCAGCUCCCAAUCUGAUGAGUACGCUAGGUUUUCCUGCAGUUACUGUGUCAGAUGAUCAGAAUGGUCCUACAAAAUAUGCAGGAGAUGAUCUUCAACAUAGUGCCAAACCUUAUCAAUCAUCUGACAAGAACAAGAUUCUUAUGUUCAAAUCCAGUUCUUCUCUUCCAUCUGGGGGUGCCUUGGAUUUUACUUCAGGUAUCAGGAAAAUGACAUCUCCUAAUUCUCAUGGGUCGGCUAAUGCCUACAGUGCUGCACCCGGAAGAGGGUUUUAUGCUAAUAGGUUGCAAAUACAUGGGUCAGCUCAUUCAGCUCCUGUUUGGCCUGAAACUGGAGAUACAGUGGCAAAUUUAUACUCUGAACUGUGGGAAGAAUCUCAAGUCCAUGCUCGUGCCAGUAAUGCAUACUUUGACCAGGUGCGCCAAGGAUUUCCCAUUGGCAAUAAAGCUCUAGCAAAGGAACUUAGUUUGAAAGGGCCACUGCAGAGUAUGCGUAUGAAGGCAACUCAUGGAAAUGCUGAAGAAUCCAUAUAUCGCCAGAGGAACCGAGUUCAUCCAGAGGUUGUUGGAGGUCAGCUACGGAUCAUAGACCUGCAUGGAUUGCAUGUUACUGAAGCCAUUCAUAUGCUCAAGUAUGAACUAUCAGUGCUGAGGAGCACAGCACGGGCCGUAGAUCAGCGCCUGCAGGUCUACAUAGGUGUCGGAGCUGGCCACCAGACAAGGGGAUCUCGUAUUCCAGCUAGACUUCCAGUUGCCAUACAACAUUAUCUCCUUGAAGAAGAGUGCCUUGACUAUACUGAACCACAGCCAGGGCUACUUCGAGUUGUGAUAUAUUGAAGCCAUGAACACGACAGCACGAGUUCCUAGAGUUUUGACACAACAAGAGAAAAAGAAAAAAAAUCAAAUGUAGCCAUUUUUGUAUCUGUACAUGGGAGGAAAUGGAAAAGGAAGUAUUUAAAGUCUGUAAAAUCAAGGAAAAAAAUCGAAAAGGGGGUUGGUAAAAAGGAAAACAAAACAGAACGGCUGAAGUGAGAAGUGUGUGAUUAAUGUUUAGAUGCUUAGAUGAGUGUGGCAACUACAUUUUGAUAGAGCACCGGGGGGAUGGACAAGGCUGACCCUAGCCAGCAAGUUCUUUUUCUCCGUUUUGUUAAUUUUGUAUCUUAAAUUUGUACUUCGUUAAUUUCCUUCUUCAAUUACAUGGUGAUUGUACAAUUCAUU